UAGUUUCCAGUCGGGAAUAUUUCUGGUCCGACUGCUUCAGCAUGACAAACCAAAUUAGAAGUAAACUUGAAACUGUGAAGUUCAAGUUUUAAAAAAAAACAUAUAGACCUGCAAAACACACGUAACAUUAUAGUUUAAACUAAAUAUUUAUCUUGGCAGAUGCAGCGUCCAUACGCCAUGCAUGCAGAGUGAAGUCGCUGGUUAUUUUUCACGCAGACAGCGGUUUGUUUUGGUUUCAUUUAAUCGGAAUAUCCCGGUGUUUAAAGAUGGCAGGACUGGAGCUGCUCUUCAACUGCGUGUCAAACUCUUUAACUUGUUCCCAAGAUGCCCUGAUGUGUUUCGUACACUGGGAAAUCGUGAAAAGGGGCUAUAAAUGUCUGGGCACUGGAGAUGAGCCCAAGGAUGGAGAGAAGAAGUCAGAACUGCUUCCAACCGGCUGGAAUGAAAGCAAGGAUCUGUAUGCACUCAGAUACAGAUCCAAUGAUGACAAGUCAAACCUGCUGCUCAAAGCCUUCACAGUGGAUUCAACCCUCAUCUUCAAUCUAAUGGACUCCAAGACAGAAAAAGUUACCGAUCUCACAGUUAACAUCAGUGAGUAUGUUGAUGAAGCCAAUCUGCAGAUGUUUGAAAGUGUGUUUAAGAACACAGAUGAGCUGAUCAUGAAGCUAAGUUCCUCACUGCUGCCUACUGAAAAAGAGGAGCGUCAGGGAAAGACGGAGAAGAAAACAGAAAGUGAAAGAGCCUCAAACUUAAGGGACCCUCUCAGUGAUCCUCUCCUGAUCCCAACCAGGGGCCAUCCAAGCAGACACCCACCCAACUGGCCUGACCCGAUGGAUCCAUUUGCCGCUGGCGGUGCUGAUCUGGACCCUUUCGGGGGACGAGCAGGAGGGAUGAUCGUCGAUCCAUUACGUGCUGGGUUUCCUCGCUCAGGGUUUGACCCCUCCUCUGGUAUUCCUGGAGUCCUUCCCCCAGGCGCUGUGCCUCCUGGUGCCCGCUUUGACCCCUACGGGCCAGUUGGGCGACACAGACCUGGGCCAGACCCUGAUCACAUGCCCCCACCAAGAUAUGACGACAUGUUCAUGUAGACGCACUAAUAUCCCAUAGUUCUCACUGCUCUGCAGUGAUAUGCACUUUGUGUUUGAAUAAACUGGCUUGUGCUGAAACAUAAUUACUCUGUUACAGAAUUAUUCUCAAAACAGUAACAUAAUUGGAUAUUUUGAUAUUGCCAAAAAAAUAUCAACUUAUAAUUCAA